CAGAAGAAAAGAUUAUUAUAUCAAUCAUAAUACGAUAAACUCUGUUUUAUUCCACCAUCUUUCAAAAUUCUUGUCAAAACUGACGUGAAAAGAUUAAUUUAACUUUCACUGUGUCGUCCACGUGCGUGAACUCAAUAUUACAAUCCAGGAAGAGAAGGAAGAGCCCCUUAACCGCCAUAUAACACACGAUGUGUCGUAAACUACUUAAGCAGCCAAUCGACCUGCAGGCCGGCCACGCGCUUCGACAGAGGCAAAUAAAUUAGACAAAAAGAAGAGGAAGAAGAGAAACAAACAUUCCCGGGGUGCGGAGCAGAACGCACGAUGCAGCGUCGGCGCUUGGCGUCGGGACGCAGGCGCAUCGCGAUAGGCGACGGGGGAGACGCCGUCGUCGCGGGGGGCUCUCUCGGGUGCCACCUCGGGGGCCGGCAGUCAGUCGCGCUCGGGGUGGCUCGACCUCGCCGCUCGUUCGCUCCUAAAGAUGAGUUCUCUCAUGAUGCGCGCUCUCGGCACGUGGCCGCAUUUUAUGUGUACGUGAUUUUCGGCAAUGCGUAACUUUCGGUAUUCGAUAAGAUAGCCGAUCGAAAGGGACGUGACGCCGAGGACAACGUGUGGUUCUAGGGUGAUCCUUAAACCUGAUGGAGUGCGGUCGGUCUGCCUUUCAUCGCGGAUUUCGAUAGCUCGAUAGUGAGCUCACGAAGCCAAAGAGAAAAAAAAGGGAAGAAAACACACUGUGCUCGCGUCGGUUCAACGACGCGCGUCGCGAAGAAUGUCGACGAGUGAACGAAAGUGCUCCUCUUCGACGCUUCAAGGAACGCGUUAAGAGUGUGUUGUGUUCACGAGGGUAUUUGCGUAAAGGAGACACAUCUGAUAAGCGUGAGAGAGUCAGAACGCAGCAUCGGUAAUCGUCCGUCGCCACCGCUGCGGCACACGCCGGCCGACGAACCGACGCUGAGCGUCGCCGCCGGCGUCCGUCGUCCACGAGACCUUUUAUGGGACACCGAUCUGCAGAACACGUAGAAGUUAACGAGACUCGUGUUCUGUCGACACUCACGCUUAUAAUUAGUGUCGCCGUUUUCAUCGUCUGGAAUAUCGUCGUUAACGGAUAGCAGUGAUAUUGCUCGACAAUUAUUCGUGGCGCGAUGCGGCGUCGCUUUUCUCGUCAGUGCAUUGUUGCUAGCCAAGAAAACAUUACAGUAACAACAAGUGACGGCAUCGUCAGCAUAGCCGUCGAAGAAUGGACGAAGUGUGCGAUAAACGAAGUCAUCAUCGCUGUCAGUGCGCUUGUCGACGCGCGCUGCGACGCCGGCGUCGGCGUCGUCGGUUACCACCGCCGUUUACUUUCCGCGAUUGUCGGACGGGUCGCGCAGUGAUUCGCGUGUGAGAUUCGGUCGUCGGCUUAUUGGAUGGAAGACGACGACGACGAAGGCGGCGACGACGACGCGACGAGAGAUGCCUGGUAUCGUGGUGUUCCGACGACGCUGGAGCGUCGGCAGCGACGAUCUCGUCGUGCCCGGCUUUGUUUUAUUCAUCUUUCAUCUCAUAUGGCUCACGGUGCUGGGCGUUCUACUGGGGAUCCUCGAGUGGGAUCGUAGCGUACCAUGCAUCUUUCUCCUGUGGGAAUACAUGAUCGGAUAUGAGGUCCUCUUCGUGGUCUGUAUACUGGUGGAGUUCUACAUCUGCUUCCUGGCGACGCGGGGCAGCAUCCUGGACACUACGGCGAGGGCGUCGAUGCAGUACUUUCUCUACAUCCGGCUGUUUAUGGUACUGGUGGAAAUUGGAUGGCUGUGUGCAGGUGUUACUUGGUUAGCGCGUUAUUAUCAAACCUGUCCAGUGGACCAAGCUAAAGAUGUUAUGUUAGGUUUGGUGAUAUCGAACUGGUGCCUGUUGGCGUUGAUGAUGGUGACCAUUUGGUGCACGUACGACGCCGCCGGCAGGUCCUGGGUGAAAAUGAAGAAGUAUCAGCGCAGUAUGCGGGAGGCGGAGUCGAGGGGGGCCAGACUGCAUUACAAACGCAGCGGCAGCAGAAAUCGAAAUUGGCGACAACGAAAAGUCAUACGUGCCUAUCAGGAUAGUUGGGACAACAGAUGCAGACUGCUGUUCUGCUGCAUGGGCAACUCCGAUCGUAAUCGAAACUCGUUCGCCGACAUCGCCCGGCUGCUGAGCGACUUCUUCCGCGACUUGGACGUAGUGCCGUCGGAUGUGGUGGCCGGUCUGGUGCUGCUGAGGAAAUUCCAGAAAAUUGAGCGCGAGCUAAUCGUGAAGCAGCGCAAGAACGAUACGUACGAGUUCCUGUCGGGGGUGCCGGUCACCCCACGCACCAAGUUCCUCUCUCUGACCGAAGACGGUGAUCUGGGUCACUUUCAGCUGGCCAUUCAUUACAUGCACUUUGCCCUCGCCGCCUACGGCUGGCCCAUGUUCCUGGUCGGCCCCUCCACCGAGCUCUGCCACUUGUGCACCAGAUUGCAAUGCUGCUGCUGCUGUUUCCCGUGCGGCGCCCGCCACGAGGACGAGGCGACGAUCAUCGAGGACAAUUGCUGCCGAUGCAACUACGCUGCGCUGAGCAGAAUGCUCGAUCUGGGGGAGAUCGAGGUCGUGUACGCGACCUUCCACGUUGACGUCGGCGAGACGCCGUUCUUCGUCGCGCUUGAUUACACGAAGAAAAAGAUUGUAGUUAGUAUACGAGGGACGAUAAGCAUGAAGGAUGUAUUAACGGACCUGAACGCCGAGGGCGAAGUGCUGCCUUUGUCACCGCCGAGGGAGGACUGGUUCGGGCACAAGGGAAUGGUGCAAGCUGCCGAAUACAUACGCAAGAAGCUACAGGAGGAGGAUAUCAUCGCGCGUGCUCGCGCCAAGGAUCACUCGAGGGGCACACAUCAAUUCGGACUUACGCUGGUGGGGCACUCGUUGGGCGCCGGUACGGCGGCAAUUCUCGCGAUCUUGCUAAAGCAGGAUUAUCCGGACCUGAUGUGCUUCUCGUUCGGGCCACCCGGCGGACUGCUGAGCAUGCCCGCUCAGCAGUAUACGCAGGAAUUCAUCACCUCCGUCGUAGUGGGCAAGGAUGUUGUACCGCGCAUUGGACUCCGGCAGAUGGAGAGUCUGAGGGCGGAUCUCAUCAACGCCAUAAAGAGGAGCGUCGAUCCCAAGUGGAAGACGAUUGCGUGCUCGGUGAUGUGCUGUGGCUGCGGCUCGACGCCCACAUCAGCUGCAAAUCUAGAGGCCGGUGGUUGCAUCAGCGAAUACCAACGUGAUAAAGACCGAGCGCGCGCUCAGACCGUCGUACCCAGCGACUCCAGCAUCGCCCUGACCUUGCAUCGGCCCUUAUAUCCACCAGGACGAAUUAUACACGUGGUGCGACAUCAUCCCAACAAGGGCGAGCAGAAAUAUGAGACGCAUUGGAGGCAAAUGUUGAGCAAGCGCGAACCGGUGUACCAGGCGUUGUGGGCCGGCCCAUGCGACUUCGACGAGGUGCUGAUCAGCCCGGUGAUGAUACAGGAUCAUAUGCCGGACAACAUGCUUCGAGCACUGAACAAGGUUGUGACAACCCUGGGGCCGGCGAAGCCGCAGCGAUUGGCGUCGUCGACGGAGACGGCGUCGUUCGAGGCGGCGCACGAGCACCACGAAAUCCAGGAGCUGGAGGUGCAGGAGCAGGAGAUGCGGGCGCUGCUAUCACCGUCGACCCCGACCCGGUGUCUGAGCAACCACUUGGCCGGCACGCCGCCGCACCGACUCUGCCUGGAGACGAGCUUCACGUCGCUGCAGAGCCCCUCGGAACCCCAAGCCGGCCGCGAGCUCAGCGUCGACUCCCACGGCAUUCCCUGGGAGUACGUCAGCCUCGCCAGCGAGCUGCUCAACACGCCCAGACUGGAGGACGGCAAACCAUCAAAUCGCUGGGACGACCCGACGCGGAUGGCGCCGUUGGCGACGCCGGAGACGCUGUCGGAGGCGUCGACGAGCAGUCCUCCGUCGCCGGUGGUGCCGGCGCCCAGGCCGAUGCGACGCACGCCCAAAAUCCCGGGAAACUUGUCGACGGCGGCGGACGACCUGAAGAACAAUCUGCACUACGCGAUGCUCUCGGCGAAGAAUUACUUUAGGAGGACGACAGGGGAGCACACGGAGGGCAGUAACAACGGCAGCAGCAGCGGCAACAGUGAGGCGAGCUACGAGAGCGCACGGAGUCUGACCGCUGCCGGUCUUCCGCCGCCAGUGCCGCGACGACGGGACUCCGUCAUCGUCAGAAGAGAACAACGGACGUGCACGGCGGCGUGCUGCAGAGAUGACCUGUCGGAGAACUCGUCCACUCAAACGUCGUCGCACUCCUCGAGAGUCUCCCACACCUCGCAUCACGUCCAGGUGGAGUUCAACGAGGAGGAAAACGACACGAACGGUUCCAGUCUGGACUUCUACGAAGCGAAGGGUUCUUCCUGCCAGCGCGACAGCAGCAACGACGUCUUUCUCAGUGUGCGCAGUUCACCGGAAUGCAAAGGGCUCAUGGCGCCGGCUACGGAUCUGGGUGCCGAGUGGAAGAAACGACUGGACACCACGGGCGUAAGCGGCGACGCCUCGUUACCGCUACUCCGAGGCUUGUCGCCCACGCCGACACCCGUCCAGCAUAGCUCGCCAUUUUUCAAUGCCAAGCGGAAGAAGUAUGUGUAUCCCAUCACGCUGGUGGGACGAGGAGAGAGCAGCGUCUAGUCAUAAAUUGUAGAUAAAAAUAGGAAAAAAAGUAUCGCGAAGGCAUCCUUGAUUCGGCAAAGAAGCCAAUCGGACACGAGGAGAUAAAGCGAGGAAGUCGCUCCAUGUGAUACAACAAUGCGGCUUCAAUGAGAAGGAACAUUUUAUUGUGAAAAGACUUUAGCUAAGCGAAUUGAAAUAAACCUAAUCGAGGACCACAAACCACAUUUAGUGAUCGAGUCUCGCGUAGUUUUUUACCUCGCACGAACACAGAACGAUUUAAGAAGAGAAAUAAUAAACUUGUUAGAAAAUAUAAAGCUAAACUACGCCGAGAUUCGAAUAAUUAGAAAUCGACGUUCGGAUACAUGUGUGCCAAAUCCUGUUCGUUUUCUUUCCACUUCCUCUUCUUCUUCCUAAACCUAUGAACAUCUCAGGUGGCUAGUUGCCCGAACGAAAAGAAAAUUUGUGAAAUGUUAUAAUUCCUUUAAAUUGUAUUCACAUCUUUUGUGUGUUUAGACUUUUUUUGCAUCAUCUUUCUACAUGUACGAAUGUCUUGGUCAAACAUCGGGUAUUACGCUUUCAUAAUUGUACUUUAAUAAGCGUGAAAAACGGUAACUUGUUCAUAAUUAUCAAUGAAGAACGAGUAUUCAAGGAUCUUAAACAUGACAUUGAUUAGUGAUCACUCAAUUUAGCAAUUAUUUUAGUAAUUGAUAAUAAUAAAAGAAGAUAUAAUCAUGCAAUAUGGAAUCAUUCCUCUUGGGAUUUAAUUCCAUAUUGUAAAACUUAUUACGAUUCGAGUAUCAGAGAAAAGAAGACGCGUUUCUAUAACUAUGAAUCUUCUAGUCAAAAUUAAAGAGUGUACUGCACAUGGCAGUAGUGGCCUAUUCUGCAUCGAUAUUGUUUAUUAAGAAUAUACAGUAGAAAACCAUUGAUUUUUAUACACUUCUAAAUGUGGAUUCAUUGAAGCACAAAUCGAAUCUUGCAUAUAUUUUAUUUGAUCUUUUUAUAUAGUUUGUACUAUACUUAAUUUGUUAAAUUAACGCCGUUAAAACAACGCGUAUUAAUACGCUUUAACAUACAUAAAUCGACUACACCGCUAAUUAACUGUCGUUACUUUUCUAUUACCCUUUGCGUGAUCGAGUUACUUUAAUGAUAAUAUGUAAUAUAAAUGAAGAAAUAUUUCGCGAAACGUUAUCGCGAUUGUACAGCCGAAAGAAAUCGCGAUCGUCGAAUAUGCAACUUCUCUUAAGGAUAUACUCUAAGAUCGGAGUUUCGACGCCGCUGUACGUAUGUAAAAAAAAAA